AUUUGUCCCUCAAAAAAAAAAGCAUCAGCCAGCCAUUGUGUCAUGGCUGAAUACAGGCAGCCUUGUCACUGCGGCAAGUUCAUCCCUCUUCGUUGGCACCACCCUUCUCCGGGCGAUAUCCAUAUUUCAUAUUCCUUUCUAGUUGCAGAUGGUUCUUUUUCUUGUAUAGCAGAGUGCGCCGUUGGCUUCACCCUGGGAGAGACUAAGGAAGAACUAUUGAGUGUACUAGGACUUCAGGGGAAGAAAGGAAGUUCACUUGAAUUUCUCAGAAGAGGCUACAAGACAGCAACUUGGUUCGAAGAAGAUUUGAUUUAGAAGCAUCUUCUGCAUGGCGUAGUUAAGCAGUAGAACUGAGCUCCAAGAAAAAGUUGGUUACAAAAAGAAGAGGAUGGCGGUGGAAGCUUACAGAUCCAUACCCCCGUGGUGGAGAAAUUAGGUACGGAAUAAUUACCCAACUCGUUGAAUCAACAAUGUUCUUUAAUAUAAUGCUUCCCCAGCCUUUAAAGAGAAAAAGUUCCAGUCAUCAGAUAUCCACAAAAUAGUUUCAGAUCCAGUCAAAUAACACAUAUCAAAGCAGUUAGAAAAAGAAA